CAUUCUUCUUCUCUGCUCUUUUCUGUUGAUGUGUUUUCCUUUUCCUUUUCUCUUUAUCUUUUCAUUUCUAUCAUUUUAUUCCUUCAGUGGUUUGUCCACUCUUGUAUCCUCUGUUGUUUUUCCUUUUCCUUCCCUGUCCUCUGUGUGUCCGUCCUCUCUCCUCCUCCUCUCUGAUGUCAGUGUCUCUUGUCCUCUGACAGGAGGAUUUCCUGCUCCUUGUCAUCAUGGCUGACUGGACCGACUGUCUGAACUUUGGCAUCUCCAUCGCCAAACAGGCCAGUGAGAUCGUCCUGUCGGCGUUUCAGCAGCAAAAGGAAGUUAAGCUGAAAAGUUCUCCGGCUGAUCUGGUGACAGAAACUGACCAAAGGGUGGAGAGGAUCCUGAUCACAGCCAUCAGGAACAAAUAUCCACUGCACAGGUUCAUUGGGGAGGAGUCCGUAGCUGCAGGUGAGAGUCUGGAGCUGACUGACUCUCCCACCUGGAUCAUCGACCCCAUCGACGGGACUGUCAACUUCGUGCACAGAUUUCCAUUUGUGGCCAUCUCCAUCGCCUUCACCGUCAACAAGCAGACGGAGUUUGGGAUCGUGUACAGCUGUGUGGAGGACAAACUGUUCCACGCUCAGAGAGGAGGAGGAGCCUAUCUGAACGGAGAACCGCUGCACGCCUCUGGACAGGAAGACAUCAGCAGGUGUGUCGUGGUGACGGAGAUCGGGGCGGAGCGUGAUGACCUUGCUCUGUCCACCAUGACCUCCAACAUCUUCAGACUGCUGAAACUACCUGUCCAUGGUGUCCGUGCGCUGGGGACUGCUGCGGUCGACAUGUGUCAGGUGGCGACAGGUGGAGCUGACGCUUACUAUCACAUAGGGAUGCAUUGCUGGGAUAUUGCUGCGUCUGCCAUCAUUGUCCAGGAGGCUGGAGGCGUCGUCAUGGAUACGGACGGCUCAGAGUUUGACAUGAUGUCCAGGAGAGUCAUCGCUGCCAGCUCCUCCGCUGUGGCAAGUCGCAUCGCACAGGUGAUCCAGGUGUUUCCCUGUCGCCGUGAUGAUGAGGACCCCUGCAGGUGUGACUGUGGAGCAACCAGUGUGAAUGGCGUGUAAGUCACCGGACAGGAAGUGUGAUGGAGGUGUGCCUGAUUAAGAGCGAUGAGAUUUAAAAACACUAAUAAAACCUGAAA